AACCCAACCCCCCUUUUCAUAAGAAAAAUGAACGAAGCUUUGCCAUUUUGCUCAGGCCUGCAGCGGCGGCAGCUGGGAGAGCUUGGGAGACCACUGCCCGGCAGCCGCGAGGAACUCACUCCUGCAAGAUAGCUUCAUAUACAGCCAUAGCCGGAGUACGUAUAUGUAGCUACGCAACCUCAGUUCAGGCGAGAUCGUUUUUCUUUAAAGUUUUCUACACAAAUAUGACAAACUUGAGCAGGCGUCUGCAUAUCUAGCUAGCCACAACGCCGACCAGGCGAGAACGAAGAGAAGCAUCGAUCGAUUGGGUCACAAGCUCCCAGCAACUUUUAAUCCAAAUCCAUGGACAACCAGCCGCUGCCCUACUCCACCGGCCAGCCCCCUGCCCCCGGAGGAACCCCAGUAGUGCCGGGCGUGCCCGGCGCAGCCGGCCCUCCGCCGGUGCCGCACCACCACCUGCUCCAGCAGCAGCAGGCCCAGCUGCAGGCGUUCUGGGCGUACCAGCGCCAGGAGGCGGAGCGCGCGUCGGCGUCGGACUUCAAGAACCACCAGCUGCCGCUGGCCCGGAUCAAGAAGAUCAUGAAGGCCGACGAGGACGUGCGCAUGAUCUCCGCCGAGGCGCCCGUGCUGUUCGCCAAGGCCUGCGAGCUCUUCAUCCUCGAGCUCACCAUCCGGUCCUGGCUGCACGCCGAGGAGAACAAGCGCCGCACCCUGCAGCGGAACGACGUCGCCGCGGCCAUCGCGCGCACCGACGUCUUCGACUUCCUCGUCGACAUCGUGCCCCGCGAGGAGGCCAAGGAGGAGCCCGGCAGCGCCCUCGGCUUCGCGGCGUCCGGGACCGGCGUCGUCGGGGGUGGCGCCCCGGGCGGGGCGCCGGCCGCCGGGAUGCCGUACUACUAUCCGCCGAUGGGGCAGCCGGCGCCGAUGAUGCCGGCCUGGCAUGUUCCGGCCUGGGACCCGGCCUGGCAGCAAGGGGCAGCCGAUGUCGAUCACAGCGGCAGCUUCAGCGAGGAAGGACAAGCAGGGUUUGCUGCAGGCCAUGGCGGCCCCGCUAGCUUCCCUCCUGCGCCUCCGAGCUCCGAGUGAUCGCCAUGAUGUGUACGUCACGCACUCACGCUGUGUGUAUACACUCUACUAUAGCAAACAUGGUAAUGGAGCUGCAUACAGAACGAAUAAGGCGUGACGCGUGUCAGACAGUGAGAGUACGUAGUAAUUUGUACAUGCACGUGAUGUGCCAAUUAAUCAAAGAUUAACAUGCAGUUAAUUAAUUAAUUAAAUUAAUUAAUAGCUA